AGUUGGUCACACUGAAAUGCAUACAAAAAGCGGCAACUAGACGAGCCAAACGAAAUGUAAAAGAAAACUUAAACAAUUUUGUCCACACAGAUUUUGGGUUUUACCGCAACAUGACACCUUUCGAUGAUUUGUUUUAUCUGGUUAAUCAUGUGUUGCUGGGCGAAGAGCCGACUAUCGAGGAUUUCAUAUUGCUUGUGGGCACUAUGGUGGCCUUUAUAGCCUUUAUACUCUGGUGCUGCUUUCCCAUACAACCAAAGGAUCCGGGACCCCAUCGGCAGUUUACCUGUAAAGUUGUACAGAAUCCCUCAAAAGGCUGUGAUGACAAAGACAAAGAUGCCAACAGUGCCGACGAUAAGGCAACGUCGACAUCGGCUUCGUCAGGGUCAUCUGGAUUAGCUAAUUCUAAUAAAAAUAAUACCUUCAGCUCUAGUAUGGCAUCGCCCCCUAAUAGUAUGCAAUAUAAUAAUGGAGCAAGUGGUAGCUAUAGCAAAAAUGGGACAGUUGCCAUGCACAAUUACUAUGUUAAGAAUGGACAUCAUUGCUGCACUUAAUGCAAAAACAAACAACAACAACAAAAAAAAAAAAAAAAAGAAAGAA